AUGCCUCCACGACUGAUCUUCUUUCGUGCGUGCCGGUCGCUGGCGGUACGCACACGGUCUUCAAUUACCCCGAGCCAGCCCAGGAUCCUCCAAGUGGCAUCGCGCAGAGGCUUCGCGGACGAGAAAAGCCCCAAACCCGCGACUGGCCCCAACCAAGAUGUUCUCGGAAGUGUGAGCCAGGAGGCGGCAGAUGUGGGCAAGGUCACGGGGGAGGAAGAACCUGAUCUUAGUCAGGGAACACCGGUGCAAGAAAUUCUCAAACGCGACCAAGAAGGUCAAGAGAAAGCCCCGGAAGUGAUCAAGGAAGAGAUGGACAAAAAGGUGGCAGACCCAACCUCUAUCGCGAACCACGUUGCUUUAAGACAAAUGGAGAACAUCGCAGCAGGAGGCGAACUCUCAGAUACUGUGGAGCUUGGCCACAAGUAUGAGUUACCUGAUCUACCAUUACCGCCGGAUGGUAACCUGAAAUACCGAUACGAUCCAGUUGUUUCCCAAGUCACGAAUUUGUUGAUGAAAGAUGGCAAGAAGAGCGUUGCCCAAAGGAAUAUGUCCUACAUCCUGAACUACCUCCGAACCGCCCCUCCGCCGAGUACUAAUCCUGCCCGGCCUCUCGUCCCUGGUUCACCUCCCGCCUCACAUCUUCCUCUAAACCCAGCACUAUACCUUACAGUUGCAGUCGACUCGGUCGCACCACUCCUGCGCAUCAGAGCUUUGAAAGGUGCAGCAGGAGGUGGAAACUCUUUACAGAUACCUGUUCCUCUCGGAUUAAGGCAACGGAGACGGCAGGCAUUUCAGUGGAUUCUAGAUGCGGCGAACAAAAAGAAGUCUCGAGGCAGUGGAAAAGGGCAGUUUGCGCAAAGGGUUGCAGAGGAGCUGAUUAGUGUUGUGGAAGGGAGAAGUACCGCUUGGGAUCGGAGAAACCUGGUCCAUAGAGCAGGAACGACUGCUCGGGCGAAUCUGAAUUAUAGGGUUCAUAGGAAGAAGUGA